AUGCCCGCUCCUGCAAAGGGAGUGCAAGUGAAGAAACUGGUGACCAAGCUUCCGGAGUCAUGGGAAGAGCACCAGGAUAAUUCCGGCCGCACCUACUACUGGAACUCUGUGACAGGCCAGUCACAAUGGUUCCCGCCGCCUUUGGCAGCCAAAAGUGCCGAAACCGUGCGGAGCUUGAUUAUCCAGCACAAUUUCAAGGCCGCUGACAAAGAUGGAAGUGGCACCAUCAGUAAGUCCGAGUUGGGCUUAAUGUUGCGACGCAUAACUCCAGACAUGUCUCUCAAAGAGGUGGAGGACAUGCACAAGUCCAUGGAUAAGGAUAUGGAUGGCAAGGUCAGCUUUGCAGAGUUUAACACCUGGAUAAUGGCUGACAAACAGAAAAAGCUGGCGGAAAGGCUCACGAAAAACGUGUCCUCGCCUGCCAAUGCAGUUUCUGCAACUUUCCGGAUCUGGGAUACGGAUGGCAGCGGCAAGCUAACCGAAGCCGAAGUAACAAGCGUGCUGCAAAAGGCAAUACCCCACAUCACCAGCGAGUGUCUGCAAACCAUUUUCGGUGAGUUGGAUUCGGACAGGAGCGGUUGCGUCGACAUGGAAGAAUUUGUUGCAUUUCUCUACGGCGGUGCUGGAGCCAAGGCAUCCUUGGACAAG